AUGGAAAUUCCGGUCGUGCACGUUGCUGGCAUUUCGGCUGGAUCAAGAGAGUCCAUUGCAGCUGACGGACAAGCUCUGGUAUUCACAGCAGGUGCUGGUGCAGUCAGAGUAGAUAUAACUGCACACGGCUCACUCAAGAACCCCGUUUUCUUUCAUCUUCCCCGCAAGCGUUUAUAUGGUCAAAAAUUUUCCUGGGAACGGCCGAGUGGUCCUGUUGUAAUUGGUGAGACAGCGAAUGAAGACGCAAAGAUUAAGGCUAAAGACAAAGUAAACACCGCUAGCUGCGUUGUGGCCAGUGCUACCGCCGUAGCAGUUGGAGAGACAGGGUACCUUCCCAGAGUCAUUGUGUAUUCCAAGUCUGCUCUGCCGCUGGCAGUAAUCCAAGAACAUCAAUUUGGAGUUCAACAUUUACGGUUCUCGCCCUCCGGCCGUUACCUUGCUUCUUUAGGUACUCCGAAUGAUGGUUAUUUAUAUAUUUGGGAAAUCGGUAUGGAUACGGUUUCCAAUCAAUCUGCUUCAGGUGUCGCUCUGCAUUCAUCCAACCGUUGUAUCUCACAGGUCAACGAUAUUCAAUGGAUCUCAGAGACCCAGCUCGUAACGGUUGGCGUCAGACACAUUAGGGUGUGGACAGUCGAGACAGGGGCCGCUAAUAACGGUGUACUAGCGGGCCGUAACGUUGUACUGGGAUCCCAAGCCGACUGCACAUUCCAGUGUGCUGUUAAAACCAAUGGCGAGCAGACAGGGCUGACAGGGGCGCCAGGAUCGCCGGGUGGAGUUAGUCCCUUUUUAGUAGCCACCAAAACAGCCAUCUCCAAGGUUGGUCCAGGGCUUUCGCAGGCUUUGCAGCUUGAUAUGAACAUAACUUCAAUGAUUAUGAGGGAUUCAGAGCUGGUCGUUGCCGGGGACGGGGUCAGAAAGUUCGACCCAAAUACCUUCUGCGAGUUGCCUUGUGACAUUUCAGUCACUGGAGUGAAAAGUAUCGCAAGUGGGGAAGAGAUGGUUUUUCUUACUGACAAGGGGAUAGCACAAACAGAUGGAUCGUACCUCAAGGAAGAUCUUAAUGAGCAACUAAUUGGUAUACGCAGCUUUGGUGAUCGGUUUUAUUCCUGGGGUGGAAACAGCCUGGUUGUGUGGGCAGAUGAGGAACGAAUCCAACAAGUAUUUGAUUUUGAAAUCAGCUCUGCUUCGCUGGGAAGUCAUCGAGUUGUUGGUGGACUUGAGGGCCAACUUUCUAUCGAUGGUGAGACUAUGAAUGCCCAUGCUGGUCCAGUUAGUGAUAUCGACUCGAUCGACGAUAUGGUAGUAUCUGCUGGGAGAGAUCGCCAUCUCCAGAUCUGGAGAAGAAUAAAUGGGAAAUGGGAUCUACAGACAAUUCCCCUACUUGGCCCUCUUAGCAAAGCUCGGAUUAUCAACCGCGAAUCUAUUGUUACUGUCGUGGGAAACAAGACAGUGCAAAUUCACACUCUAGUGGAAAACGAUUUUGUAACAGAAAAGACGCUACCGAUCAAGGUUCUUGUUCUCGAUCUGGAUGUGAACGACAAUACCCUUUACCUUAGUACCAGCGAGCGCCAACUUUUGAGCUUUGAUUCUUCAGGGACCCAGUUGGGCAGCUACAAAACGCUUGAUAUCCAAAAUGAACCAAUAGGACUUUCGCAUAUACGUGCUGUUACUGUCGAAGGAUCCCAGUAUGUGGUUGCAGCAGCGACAGACAAGAGUGUUUGUAUUUAUAGCCACCCCCAGGGCCAACUACUGGCGGCCGAAUGGGCCCAUGCUACGCCCAUCAAAGGAAUUGCAGUUUGCGGGACCAGGAUUAUAAGUUACGGGGAUCUUAUUGUCGAAAGACAGCUUAUCAAGGAACCAGAGCGGCCGGCUAGCCCAAUGAGAUCAUUAUCACCCGUCCGUUCUAUACGGCCGUCAAGUCCGACACGACGAGCGGCGUCUCCUAUUCGGACACCAGUACCAAAAUCUCCGACACCGGCUCGACAAUCUCAAGGAAGUAGGUCCACAAGCCCGAUACGAGCACCGAGUCCGAGGAGAUUAGCUGCUCAGCCAGCUGCUGCACCUACGUUGAGACUCAGUAGUUCUCGGCUGGCGACUCCGCCUGCGGUGAUAUCCACGACACCAGUAUCUGCCACCGAAAGUUUGGAGAAGGCAUUGAACGGAUACAUUUUGAGCGACGAGUCUGCUCCACAUUUACAGCCCUUAUUGGCGAGGGCCAUUGUCAAGAGCGGGUCCAGGGAGAAGGCGUUUGAGUCACUGGCUGAGAGCGUUAGCGGCGAGAUUGCGAAAUACCUAAAGACGAAACUCGACACUAAAUAA